AUGCCUGAUAAACUUCUCGACAGGCGAAAGGAUGUCCCCACGUCCACGACACGCAGGGAGCCGGAGAAAGAAUUGGUGGAGAGGAUCCACAGAGCCAACUUCGAGAUAAACAAACUGGAGGUUGACAAGGAAUACGUCAAGAAGAGGAUCGACAAGCUACGUCAAGGCAAAGAUCAGCUGAAGGAAAUUAUCAGAAGAACUUGGGACAGAGAGGAGGAAAGCAAGCGGAAAGGACAGGAAGCUCAAAGACAGAAAUCGGCGAUACUGGCGAGGUCGUACAUACUCGAGCUCGAAAAGCACGAGAAAGAAAUUAAGGCGGUAGAGUAUAUGUUGGAAGACUUAGACAGAAGACAGAAUAAGUGGGAUCUUGAGCUGAAGAACCUCAGGGAUUUGGAAACGAAGGGCCGGAAUUCAGUAGCCAAGGUCCAGAAGUAA